AUGUUAAAGCGUGUGAAAAACUACGAAGAAUUCGCUCAAUUAGCGUUAGGGAUAACCUGGGAGCGACGAAUUUCUACGUUGACUUCUCGAGAUCCAAGUGAUACAGCAAAAAAAUUACUUAAGUCAUCGAAUUUCGGCAGCUUCUUGAAAUUAGCCAUCAACGAAACAAUGACAGUAGUAGCACCUCGAUGCCUGUUGGGUGUUUUAGAGCGAUGUAAUAAUUAUAUUGAAAGAUGUCAGCAACGACUACUUUUACGUAUGAGUGCAUUGAAAACUGGUCUGAAUAUACUGCUGAGUGUUCGAGAUUCGAUAGUGGAAGAAUUUUCUAAUCUGACGAGCUAUCAUAAAUUGGAUUCUAUGCUACUAUUAAACAAAACCAAACAAAUAGUUACAACGAAAAUAUUAACCGAAUAUAAUAGUGUAGCAAUAUCAAUAAUUAACGAUAUCAAACCUGCUCUGCAGUUCUCUCCUAUUCCAAGCUAUAUUUUACUUUGUGAAGGGGAUCUCAGCGAUAUGCGGAUACGUCAUAUGAAAGCUUUGAAUGAGAAUAUAGAAUUUUGUGUGGAUAAAAAUCACAGAAAAUUGGAUGAAGAUCUACGUACUGUUACGGACAAAAUAUCUUUAAAAAUUGAAAAAGCUCUGCUACGUCUAGCUGAGCUUCCGGAUAUUUCGAACAACAAAAACGCCCAUGAUGUAUAUGGUAAGAAACACUUUAAUACUAAAGAAGAGAAAAAACAUUACUCGACAACGUUGGAUCAUUGGUCGCACAGAUUUUUUGAUGUUGAUAUGCUAAUAAAAACGAAAGGAACAAGCAUCACAUUAAAAUCAGAAUUAAAUUCAAUGUGUGACAAAGUAAUAGCAUCAACAAACUAUGUGUUAGAAAGUCAAUAUAAUGAUCAUUUCCAGCAACUAAAUCAAACAAUAACAAGUAUUUUAAGAAAUAUACAGACGUCCAUAAACUAUAUUAAACGACAAAGUAAUAUUAAAAAGAUAGAAAAUGAUCUUAAAAUUAUAUCAGCUGAAUGUCUGGGUUACUUAGGAGAAGUUAAUGAUUAUAGUAUGAUAAUUAAACAAUAUUUCCAGCAUACUGAAUCAGCUUCAACGCUUUAA